AUGCAUAAUAAUACGAGCACCUGUGCGAGUACAAACAUUACAGUUGCGUCCACUGAUGAACAUGGCGACCACUUUGCGUUCGCAGUGGACACGGUCCUGACGGGCUGCGUGUGUUUCGUGGGCAUCGUGGUCAACAUGCUGACGUUCGCUGUCCUAUGGGUGGACCGUCUGCGGUCGUCCACCUUCUACUUUCUCCUCGCCCUCUCUGUUGCCGACACCUGUUACCUAGUUCACGCGCUCCUCUUCCAGUUCUUCCGGUCAAUAUACCCAAAGACCGGCCUCCUGCAGGGUUACUUCCGUGCUUGGCCCUACAUAGAGCCGUUUGAAUAUCCGCUCGGCAUGAUGGCGCUGACAGCCUCGAUUUGGAUCAUCAUGAUGGUCGCCGUAGAUCGGUAUGUCGCCAUUGCCCAUCCGUUCAAAAUCAGCAAUUGGAGUACAGCUGGACGAAAUCGGUUGAAGCUGACGGUGCUCAUAUUGGUUGAUGUUGUAUUUAACUCUCUUUGGUUCUUCCGUCAGAGGACGGAAAAGACGUGGAACGAAUGCACACACACCAUGGAAGUGAGGGUAGUUCCUUUUGCAAUAGGGUUGCAUCAAGGAACGCGCAUGGCUCAUUCAAUUUCUUUCCUCACGUUUGUAUAUGGCAUUCCUUUACUCGUUUUACUCAUUAGCAGUUUCCUCCUCGUUAAUACGCUUCGUCAAAAUCGGUCAGAGCGGCAGCAGCUCUCUCAUUCCUUCCAGUCGAUAAAGAUUCGGGAGAGAGAGGGAAGAAUCACCGCCAUGUUGAUCGUGAUCGUAAUACUCUAUCUCCUUUGCCAGACCCCGGUGUUCGUGAACCACAUUUUAUACGCACAGGAGGGACGCGUUGACUUGGGACCUAACCAUAGGUACUACAACAUCAUCACCAACUUCCUAGUCGCCUUUAACUCCGCCUUCAACUUCUUCGUGUACUACAUCUUCGUUCGGGGGUUCAGAAAACGGUCCAAGGAUGUCCUGUGCUGCUGCUGCCAUGGAAACGGACCGAUGACUUCAGCAAGCACACUGCAAAGGUCGACCGUGAUGUCGUACAGUGUGAUGACGGUGGAUUCUAGGUGUGCAUGUACGAGCGUUAUGGAAUUGGCUGGCGUUGCCGGGGAAACCAGCAUGGACAAAUUAGGCGGUAGUAGCAAUCUAGCACCGCCGUGUGUAAUGCCAGAGUAA